UCUGUAGCGGCCAGCGCGAACGCACCGGCGGCACGCUCUAAUUAAUUGCGGCAACCAGCGGCGGCCAGCGGGCCCGACGCGCGUGUGGGCCUGACGGCGACGGACCCGAGUUGAGCCCGAUGCUGUUGUCUGUUGAGCGCGACGUGGUGAUGAUGCAAGAGGAGGCCGUCAAACCUCCGCCAUCGACGGCCAGCAGCGGACUGCGCGCCACCGACUUCUCGAUCGCCGCGAUCAUGGCGCGAGAGUCGCCCGGCCAGCCGGCCAGCGCCUCGUGGCCCUCGGCAGCCGCCAGCUCCGAACGGCUGCUGGAAGAGCCCGAGGAGGCGUCCCCGGGAAGCGCGGGCGAGUGCCGGCUGGCGACGGCCUCUUCGCCAGCGCCGUCCAGCGACGCCCCGCUGAGCCCGUGCGAGUCGCGGUCGCCAUCGCCCUGCCGUAGCACGGUGUCGCCGGCUGUGUCCACGCAAGGCGAGGACGGCGCGUCGUCCAGAGACUCCGGCGCGGGCACCAGCGGAGGCGGCGGCUCCUCUUCGUCCAAGGCAUCGAACAAUCCCUACGCGGCCGGUCUCAAGCCGCGCUGCAAUUCGGAGGAACUUGUGCACGUAGAUUGUCACCUCGAGAACAAGGACCUCUGGGACAAAUUUCACGAUCUCGGCACCGAGAUGAUCAUCACGAAGUCCGGAAGGAGGAUGUUCCCUACCGUACGAGUUUCCUUCUCCGGAGUGCAGCCCGACGCCCGGUACAUUGUGCUCCUGGACAUCGUUCCUGUGGACAACAAGCGGUACCGGUACGCGUACCACCGGUCUUCGUGGCUGGUGGCCGGCAAGGCGGACCCUCCGUCGCCGGCGCGCCUCUACGCGCACCCGGACUGUCCCUUCACGGGGGACCAGCUGCGCAAGCAGGUCGUCUCCUUCGAGAAGGUCAAGCUCACCAACAACGAGAUGGACAAGCAGGGACACAUUGUCCUGAACUCCAUGCACAAGUAUCAACCCCGUAUACAUCUGGUCAAACGUCGGCAUAACGCCCCGAAUGUUCCCGUUAACGAUCUCGAAGCUGAACAGUUUCGGACGUACGUGUUUCCCGAGACGGUCUUCACAGCUGUCACGGCGUACCAAAAUCAGCUGAUAACGAAAUUAAAGAUAGACAGCAACCCCUUUGCGAAAGGCUUCAGAGAUUCGUCGCGGCUUACAGAACUUGAAAGGGAGACGAUGGAGUCGCUCAUCACGGAUCACCCGUUCGCGCGCACGCCCCUGCGCACCUUCCUGGAGAAUGGCGGCGACCCCGAGACGGCGGCCUACCUGCACGAGAAGGGGCUGCUGGGCGGCCUGGGCCCGCCGUCGGCGGCCGCGGCCGUGGCACGGGCGUCUCUGCUCUGGAAGCCGCCCGGCAUGGAACUGUACGCGCAGCCGUCGCUGUACGCUCUCGGCGUGCGCGCCCCUCCGCCCGCGGGCAUCCCGGCCCAGCUGUGGUCCCAGUGGGCGGCGGCCGCUGCCGGCGCUGCCCUGCCGCCGCACCUGGCCUCGGUGCUGAGCGGCGGUGCGGCAGCCGCAGCCGCCGCGGCUGCGGCUGCGGGCGGCGCGCUCUUCCCGCCCAUGAUGCGGCCCGCGGCGUCGCACACCGAGACUCUGCACUCGCUCGGACUGUACCGCUACGCGCCCUACGUGUACCCGAAGAAGGACAGCCCGUCGGCCGCGGGCUCGCCGGCCACCACGCCAGACGCCAGCGACGCGGCGCCCACGUCCCCGCCGGGCGGCUUCCGCUCGUAACGACGGCCUAUUUAUCGGCUGCGGCCAUUAUUUAUAGACUGUGCGAACGGGUGCGCCGAUCGUGGAAGCCACCCGACAGCGCCCCGAGACGCGAAAGGGCCCCGGUCGUUCCGGCGACCGUCGACGCGCUCCGCUGCCGCCGUGUCCAUCUCGGCGGCCUCCGACUCCCGUUGCACCGCCACCGGCGAAAGGCGUGUGUGUGUGUGCUUGUGCCAGUGCCCCUGCAACUACGGACUUCCUCUCGGACUAUGACGAUACACGUGAACUGUCCUCGGACGCGAUUGUAUUUGUGCUCUUUGGAAUUGUGCAAUGUUCACCGAACAAAAGAAAUAUGUGCCUGAUGUAAAGGCGUUGGGGAGGGCAUCAUUCGUCUUAUUUUUUUUUUUUGUCCUCUUUUGUUCAAAUGACAAAAGAAUUAGUGCACACGGUUU